GUGAAGCCGGGGGAGAUGACGCAAUGGCGCUUAGUUUGUUAGGUUCAGCGACGGCUGCAGUAGCUGCUGCUGCUGCUUCUGCUUCUACUCCUGCUCCUACUCCUGCUACUUCUGCUGUUGCGCUUGCUGUACUAGUAACAGCGAUAAGAGCAGGCGGCGGUGGCGCUGGAGGGUGUGGCGGUGGCACGACGAUGAUAUCUGGUGCGACAAGUUCGUCACCACUACCGAUAUCAUUAUUAUCAUUGAUAUUUUCCAUCGCAUCUUGCCGUCUUGCAGCCUCCUUGUCCAAUUGCAAUUUUCGUCUUUUCCGUCUUCUUCGCUGUCGAUAUUGUCGCCAGUGCCAGUAGAGACAGAUGCCGGCUCCAAGCGCGAAUGGAAUCACGAGUCCGCCCGCCAAAGAUAGAAUAACGACCAGAGCACGCAAAUGCUGCUCAUCGGAUCGGAUUUUGAGAACCAAGCCUUCGUCGUUGGCAGCAACAAGAUGCUGUUGAAAGAUGUAUGCGGUUACAAUUAAAGCACCAUAGUUGUAGUGCAUCUGCGGAGUUAAAGAGACCAAUAUAACAUUCGCUUGUUGUUGUUGUUGAUGUUGAAUAUUUCUGCGUUAGGUUGAGUGUUCUUUUGUUCUGUAUGUGUUUUUGCUGGCUAUUGGCUAAUGGAGCGAUGUAAUAAAAAGAAAAG